CGAAAUAUUCUAAUUACUGAUAAAUCAGUAUUCUUCGAAUAUGGCAUUACACGUGAUUUAUAAUAUCCAGAGACUAAACCGAAUACUAAGUGUUGGAAUAAAGACACUAAAUGCAACAUUGAGGCCUGCAUCUACUUUGACGCAAUCUAGAAUCAUCAAGGGAUCGAAUGGCGAGAAUAUUAUUUUGCCUCUAAUGGACAAUAUAUCUUAUCCGGAAACCUUAUUAAACGAAUUUAUUUGGCACAACAGCGAAAGCUAUUCUGAUCACAUUGCUUUGGAAUGCGGUGUCAAUGGCAAAAAAUACACUUACGCUCAAGCCAAGGAUGCGACAAGUUAUAUUGGCAGAAGUUUGCGGAAUAUGGGUCUUAAAAAGGGCGACAUGGUAGCAUUGGUGGCACCAAAUUAUCCGGACACUGUUUUAGGCUGCCUCGGCAUCUUGUCGGGUGAACUCAUCGUUACUACCAUGAAUCCGCAUCUUACGGCUGACGAAAUGUCGAGACAAUUGUUAAUGACUAAAGCGAAAGCAGUUAUCACCGCGGCCGAAAUUGUAUCGACAGUUCUUAAUGCGACAAGAUCUUGUCUUCCGCCUGAAACGCCUGUUAUUGUGAUUGACGAUAAGACUGGUCCUAUUCCAGAGGGUUCGAUACCUUUUGAUGAUCUCAUAACGCGAGGCAAGUCGCUACCACUUAUAAAUCCGAGCAUAACUUGCGACGAUGUGGCGGUUUUACCGUUCUCAAGUGGCACGACGGGAUUACCAAAGGCUGUUAUGCUAACACAUCGUAAUCUGGUGGCUAAUAUCAUGAUGGCUCAAACUUCAACCAACGCAUUCGUGCCUACCACAAGUGAGCAUCAAGAUGUAAUACCUGCAAUACUGCCAUAUUUCCACAUUUACGGAAUGAAUACUGUGGUAAAUCCAGGCUUAACUUUCGGCUCAAAAGUAGUCACCAUUCCAAAAUUCGUGCCGCAGACAUACCUCGACGUAUUGGAGAAGCACAAGGCGAAUGUACUAUAUCUUAUUCCACCAAUUAUAUUGUUUUUAUCAAAUUUUCCCCUCGUGAAGAAGCAACAUUUCGAACAUGUUCGUUUAAUACUGAGCGGCGCUGCGUCUCUCGCUAAAUCAGACGUCGAUCGAUUAUACAAUAAAUUCAAUAUUGACUCUAGCGUCUCGAGAUUCAAUCAAGGUUACGGACUGACAGAAUGUGGCGUGGCAUUCGCUGAAAAUGGAAAGAAAUUUUCAAGCAUUGGACAUAACAUAGUGAAUUGCGAAGCUCGUUUGGUGGAUGUAACGACUCAGCAGGACGUUAGCACUUCUGGUCAAACCGGCGAAUUAUGGAUAAGAGGACCACACAUCAUGAAAGGGUAUUUGGACGACGAAGCUGCCACGAAGGCAACAGUAACGAAAGAAGGAUGGUUGAAAACAGGCGACAUUGCUUACUUUGAUGAAGAUUUAGACUUUUAUAUUACAGACAGACUGAAGGAACUGAUUAAAGUCAAGGGAUAUCAAGUACCACCAGCGGAAUUGGAAGCAAUUCUGCGGUCACAUCCGGACGUAGAAGAGGCGGCGGUAAUCGGUAUUCCGCACGCGAGAUAUGGCGAGGUGCCGAAAGCAUUUGUGGUAGCAAGUAAGAAUAAGAAACCUACCGAAGAUGAUAUUAAGAACUUUGUGAAAGAAAAGGUCUCCGACUACAAGGAACUUACAGGUGGAGUUACAUUCGUUAACGAAAUACCAAAAAGUGUAUCUGGAAAAAUUCUAAAAUUAAAAUUAAAGAACGAGUACAAGCGAGCAAUAGAGAACGAAAAUGAUGGAACUGAAAAAAAUAGAACGCAGACGAAACGCUUCUGUCUGGCGGGUGCGAGACGGAACUUCCGCGGUUGA